UUGAGCAAGGUGAAGCGAGUCGGAGAGAGUGAGACAGAAGUUUAGAGGGGUAGUGGGUGAAGUUAGAAGGAAGGGAGAGGUAUGAGGGGACAACUCCCGAAGUUACUCUUCUCUUUGAUGAUCACUCUUCUCUUUCUGGGGAGCCUGGUGACCACCGCCAUCUGGCACAUGCUCAGCCACAAUGAUGUGGAACCUCAGAGAUCACCUCCUGUAAAGAAAAGUGCACCUCAGUCCUCUGACCCUUGUAAAAACUGCAGGGAGGUCAUUGACAAAGUAAAAGAGCGUUACUCUCAACCGUGGAAGAAGCAAGAGGACAAUUACCAAAAAUUCAGAUCUCAGCUGAAUGGCAAGUGCAAUGGCUUUGACAAGGCCAUCAUUACCCAGGCCAACACACCCGUGGGAAAAGAGCUUAGGUUCAACGGGGAGAAAAAGAGGAUUCUUAAGGUGACCCCUGAGAUUUUCAGCAUUUUUGCAAAGGAGCAUCCGUUCUCAAAUAAAACAUUGAACACGUGCGCUGUUGUUGGGAAUGGAGGAAUCCUGACCAACAGCAGCUGUGGAAACAUAAUUGAUUCAGCACAGUUUAUCAUCAGGUGCAACCUACCUCCUUUGGGAAACGGCUAUGAGAAACAUGUGGGCAUCAAGACUGACCUGGUGACAGCAAACCCAAGCAUCCUGGUGGAGAAGUAUGGGGCUCUAAAUGGGCGUCGGCGUCCGUUCGUGGAGGGUCUUCGCACCUAUGGCAACUCCUUGCUGCUCCUUCCUGCCUUCUCCUAUGGUCACAAUACUCCUGUGUCCCUGCGGGCUGUCUUCACAAUUGAGGACUUUAAAAGCUCUAUUCGGCCUGUCUUCUUCAAUCCUGAGUACCUCCAGAAUCUGUCCAUCUUCUGGCGCUCCCAAGGCCUCAAAGAAGCUCGGCUAAGCACAGGCAUAAUCAUGGCUAGCCUAGCACUGGAACUCUGUGCCAACGUGAACCUGUAUGGGUUCUGGCCCUUCAGUAAUCACCCACAUAGCCAUCAUGCACUGACUAACCACUAUUAUGAUGACAGAAAACCUAAAACAAAAUUCCACACCAUGCCAGCUGAGUUUGACUUCUUGUUGCAGCUGCACAGUCAGGGGGUGCUCAGGCUUCACCUGGGAGAUUGUUGACCAGGUGAAAAGUAGCUGUCAGGCGCGAGGAGAGCUGCCAGCACAGGAGCAAAGUGCCUUUUCUUUGGCUUCAGGAUAAAGCCAGUCACUUAUUUCACGUACUUUUACAUGACACGACAGUUGCAUUUUGGCUGAUCACAUGGAUUAAGUUCGUCAAAGCAGGGUGGAUGCCUGGACUUUAGGCAGCCAUGUGCCUUAAAAUCAAAAGUCACAAGACUGUAAACACUCUGCGCAACAGUCUUACAAUGUAUCUACAACUGUACUUAUUUCCACAAAUGUUACAGCUAGAGUCUGGAGGGAAUCAUCUUGGAAGCUGGGAAGCCUCUAUGAGGCCUUUGUGAGAGUCUACAUUGGAGUGCCUUAAUCGAUUACUAAUAACCAUUAUAUAACUGACCGUGUGAACUUCUAAAUCAAAGUGAAUGUAUUUUGAAGAAAAUCAAAUACCUCCUUUAAACAAGCAUUUAAAGAAAACACCAGCACACUGAAUAUAUGAAAUUUUCUGACAAUGACAAGCAUGUCACACAUUUAACUGCUUUGGAAGUCUGAUAUAUGUAGUUCUCACUCACUUUAAUUACACAACAGCUGUAAAAAGCAGGUGAUUUCUGUAUUUACGCCAUCACCCUGACACCGCUGGAUGUGAUAUAGAUAAAGGGUCAUUUCGCAGUAUCCUCAGAUACAAUCCACCAUGACCGUGUUCUCUGGGCUGUGGUUGUCAGAUGGCCCUCAGUGAGACCUGCUCAGCAAAGGACUGAGCAGAGGCACCACGCAAGGCAACAGGAGUUAUAUAACACUAGUAAACACAUCAAGGGUGUCUCUGCUCACAAAGGUUGUUAUGGUGAGUUCGUGUUGCAAUGUACUUCCCCUCAUCACCACAGUGACCACAGAGAUACUGGUACUGUCACAAAGUGGCAACAUAUUAGCACAAUAUUAGUUUGGAGAGAAAUGCUUUAACUUGAUGUAAAUGUUAAAUGAGUGCAGAUGUAACUGACUCUGGUAUCAGGUGAUGUAAUGAUUGUGAACUGUGAACUUUGGCUGAAAAGUAUUCCUGACAAGCAUUUGGUAAGCUUUUUCUUAGAAACAUCAAGACUGGGUGGGUGUUGGGGAACUGGAAGUCUGCAUUUCAUACUGACAGUGACAUAGAAUGAUGAUCUACAAACUUGAUAAAUCUGUGUGAAACUUUAAGAGAAAUAUUUAUUAGAAAGUUAUUUCUAGGUUGGUAAUUUCAUUCUAUACUGUAUGUAUUCCAUGUAAAAACUGGUGGUCAUAUAUCCUGGUUAAACACCAAGAAUAGUUUAGACAUCUGAGACACUUCUUUACAACACAGUGUAUGCAUAAUUUCAACAUGACCUUGCUCCUACUGUAUGUGAUGUUUCAGGUAGCCAGAAUGUCUGCAUGUGUCAUCUUUGGUGUGAGGAGAAUUAAUUUGUCCAAACAGGCAUCUCAGUUUGCCCGAUUUGGGGGGAUGAUUACUAAACAUGUUGUAAAUUGUGUCACUACAAUUUUUCACUUUAGUAGCGUUCUUACCAACACUGAUAGUGUGAAUCAACACAGCUGCAGCACUGGUAACUUGAAUGCAUGUACUAGGAACUGUCAAAUAGCCUUUCAUUUCAGUUAGUAAUUGAAGUAUGGUGUGACCUAAAAGCCUGGAAAAAUUCCACUAGAGAGAUACGAUUUACACACACUCCAUCCAUCCAUCCAUUUUCCUCCGCUUAUCCGGAACCGGGUCGCGGGGGCAGCAGUCUAAGCAAAGAUGC